GACUGUCGCCUCUCUGUGUCUAAUUUGAAACUGGGCUGUGAGCAUCUGAAGUCGUGCUGUCCUGUGGCUAAACUAUGUGAGCAAUGGAUAGCUGAGAAGACGAUCACCAAAGCGCUGAAACAAAAACAUAUCGAAAUCAAUCGAAAGACGAUGGAAUGUCGAACAUCAAUACGACAAAAAAUGUCGUCAAGUGGUGAUAUCAUAACAAAUGCGACAACUGAAGACACCCAAGCAGUUCUUGAGGCUAAACUUGAAGAUAUUAUAACCGAUUGGGCAGACGAUGCAUCAGGUGAUGGGGGCGUGUUGAACAAGUCGAACAGAUCAGUUCGCAUCCGUACCAACAAGCUCUAUCCACCGUCGUAUGAUUUUACACGUCGAAGCUCUCAACGUGGUAACUUCAGUGAAAUUCUACGCCAGCGCCUACACGGAUUCGCCAGUUUUGUCGAUGAAAUAAACGAUAUUGUCGAAAAAUACAAGCAGAAACGCAAGAAGAUGUCGAAAAUCUCCAAGAAAAUCACCGUUCGACGACGAGAAAAUUUCACUGAUACUGACGAGAAUGUGAAUAAGAUCGAUGCCGAUUCAUCCGAAUCGUCCACUUCUACUGCUUCCUCUUCAUCGCCCUCUUCGCAUCACAAAAAACAUUCCUCUUCACUCCUCAAAAAUCUCAAUAUUGUAAGUAUGAUCAAGAAGAACGGAAAAUUCAUCCCCGGCUUCACACCAUUCUUAGCCAAUGUUGAUUAUAAUUUCCGCUCAAAUAUUCGUCUGAAACCACCGACGAACACUUCAACAAAACUGACGGUGAUUUCCGAGAUCCAUAACCCAAAUGAUACGACGUCAAAUGGGGAUAUGGAAGAAAACAGCACCUCAGAAUAUAGCUUUAUAACGAGCUCAGGUUCAGAUUCGGAUUCCGCCUCUGCGUUCACCUCAACCUCGACUUCCGGCUCUAAUUCGAUGAAAUCAACCAACAAAAAGCAUCUUCUGAAACUGCACAAAUCUUCAAAGUCGUUGGUUUCCAAAGAUGGCCAGAAACAAUCUGUUGAAACGAUCAAUUUGGAUCGAGACGAAGUUUCUCAGAACCGCAAACGAAACCGUCACGGUGAACAUGCUAAAUCGCAGAGAGUUAAUGGAAUUAUUUUAAAAAAUAGUUCAGAACCAGCGAGCCACAUCAAUGAAGUGAGUCAGUCAUUCUCGUUUGUCAAGGAAGAAACUUCUUCAGCCGACGGUGAAUCUUCGCUCACGAACGGAACUAGUGUUCAUGUAUCGUCCGUAUCCUCUAAAUCAGCGUCCAAAUCUAAUGCCUCAUCAAAAUCCGCGGCUAAAAGCGCUCGUUCUGGCCUCGAGAUAAUCACGAAUGCCAUACGGCUGCCAGUGAAUAAUCUGAUUUUCAAUGAAGCCAAAGGGAAACAUUCCGCUGCCACUAAAGUUGAUACUUCUUCAACUGAUGACAUUCAGCGUACGAUAAAUGAUGUCAAACAAAAGGUAUUGCAACAUGCAGCCACUCAUAAGUUGGCCAGAAUCCGUAUUGAGCCCGCAAAAGUACGCAGAAAACUGCUUUAUCGAGGCGAAGGGACAGCAGUCGUUGAGCGUAAACGACGACCCGUUUGGACGUCCACUCUGUUGUCGUCGAAAAAUUUGCGACGUUCUUCAACUCAUCAUCAUCAUCAUAAUCAUCGAUCCCAAAUCAGUACUGCUGCUGAUCGAUUAUCACUUCGAAAGAUUGGAGGCACGGCUGAACAUCACACGAAGAAGAAGCAAAGAGAGCAUUUAAACCAAGAUCAUCAUCAGCUACAAAAACAAGGAGGUUGA